GUGACAUUAUUAAAUACAUACUAUACUUUUGACUUACUAAAAAAUAUAAAGAUGACUCAAAAAGCAAAGAAAAAAUCUGUACGUUUUCACAAUGAUGAAACUGGUUUCCCUUUCCUCUUCAAACUUCAAGGUGGAGUCAAAACACUGCUUAAGAUUUUCACAUGGCAUGAUUUCUUUAUGCUCAGAGACUAUCUGGCUUUCUAACCAGUCACUAUUUUUAUUUUUUACUUUUUAAUAAUGUUAGGUUUCAAGUAUGCUCAUGUUGUUCUCUUGUUUCUUAUCACCACUUCUAUAACUGCACAAGGGGGUAUUGUUUAUAUCCACAGAGUAAGAAAUUCAUCCAUUGACAUUUCCUGUGAAUCGGCAAAAAAAGAAGAAAACCUAUUUGCCUUUUCGCUGAACCGCAGGUUGCUGCAGUCCAGACAAGUGAUGUAUCUUUCUAAAGGAGCCCAACCUUUUAUCAAUAAAUCUGAGGACAAGGAUCGCAUCACUGUACGUGAUGAGCUGGACAACCACACAGUUCAUCUGACAAUCUCAAACUUGCAAGGACAGGACACAGACGUGUACCACUGUGAAUUCCACUAUGAUGAUCUUCCAUAUGAUAAGAAUGUUCCUGGCAAGAUGGAGUUCUUCAUCUACAUUGAAGUGAAUUCUCAUGAUCCUUGUUAUUGUUCAAGUUACCUGCCGUUGCUGUAUGUGAUCUCUGGAGCUGCAUGUCUGCUGGGUGUUCUGGUUUUCACUCUCCUUUCAGCUUACUGUUGUAAAUGGCCUAACCGUAGUAAGCCACAGCCUGUAGUUCCUGUUUAUGAAGAGAUGACUGGGGUGCGGUCCUCCAAACAAAAAGCCACAGGCUGUCAUACUGAUAUUGCAAAACUGGAGGAAGCAAACAGCUCUGUGGCCCAUUUGUUCAGCAAUGAAAACCUUUAUGUCAAUUGAUUUAACAAAAUGUGUUGACUGGGAUGUGACUCUACUGAUGUUUAUCAUAAUGCUCCAGCUCACCCACACAACCUUUCGGAAUCAUCAGCUUGUUUGUUAGCAUAAAGUUUGUUUCAUCUUUCAUCUAUAUACCUUCAUGUUAAUGGUAUUUCACAACAUAUAAUUGUAAUGCUACAAACACAGAAUGGCAGCU